GUUGAUCUCCACGGCCAACCCCGUCACACUCUCGGGCGAGGCACAUACGCGAAGGCUGACCAGGCCGGCUCGAUGCUCACAAUCGGCGUACACCAUAGGUGGUCCUCAUGUGAAUCUUGGGUGUAGACCAAGGAAUCCUUCGUAGGGCUGAGGCGGUGUUCAUCUACCGCGAGUAUACAGUUCCUAUAUGCCAGAAAAAGAAAACCUGAUGGAGGGAUGUGGAAGCCGAAGUCACACCCUAGCUCCCCGGGCCACAGUAAAUUACAAUAUAAAUCCUCGCGACCUUCCCCGAAGAAUCUGUUAUUUCUCUUGAGCAUUUCCGCAAGCGCCCUCACAGUCUCUGUCCUCAUCAAGGACGAUCGUCUUCAUCCCCACAAGCCAACCUCCCCCUUCCCUAGUCGCCAUACAGCCAUUCUUUCGUACAAACAUCGAGCACAUUCGCCCAGGGAUAAAAUAUUGCCCUCACCCAGUAACAUAAGAUAUCUGACCCGAAACCUUGUUUUUCGUUCGACAAGCACAGGAGACGAGCAGACGUGCGAAGAAGGUAGAUCAGUUACGACGCGGGACAUACCGGCCUACGAAUCAUCCUACUUCCAAGUCUUACACACCGUCUGCCAAGAAAACAGCCUCAUAACACUCGCAAAAUGCCUGACACCGGAUCCGACGUUCCCCCGAAUGAUACCGGGGCUGACAAGACCGAGUCUGGAUCUGAGUCUGAAUCCCGCGGCAGGAGCCGCAGCGGGUACAACUAGAGCCCAACGAGUACAUGUUGGGCAUCGGGCAUGAACGGACGGAAUGGAGGCGUUGAGGGCUUGUUCGGGUUCCCUUUUACACUUUCUUUGCACUCUCUUUUCUUGGAAACCGCUCUGGAAAUUGCUGUGACUGGGCAGCAAAACGAGCUUCAGGGGAAGCGGGAGCCCUCGCGUCUGAUGACGUCCGAACCCGCGGUACUCCCUCUUCGACUACCCUUUUCUUCUUACCCCUGAGAGCAAGAGGUGGGAUCAUGCC